UCAAAGUGCAGCCCCGCCCCCGCUUCCCCCUCGCUGUCUCCUCGGCCUGCGCCGCCGCUGCGCCGCUCCGUCCGCUCCGCCGCCUUCCUGCCCGAGCGCCGCCCGGCCGGCCGCCAUGGCGAGCGUGGUCGACACGAAGCUGUACGACAUCCUGGGCGUGCCGCCCGGCGCCAGCGAGAACGAGCUGAAGAAGCUGCAGCAAACACGACCCACCGCUGCGCGCACGCCGGGCGCUUCCUUCCUCCCUCCCGCGGCGGGCGCCGGGGUCACCCGCCUGGAAAAACAGGCGUACAGAAAAUUAGCCAAGGAAUACCACCCUGAUAAGAACCCAAAUGCUGGAGACAAAUUCAAAGAAAUAAGCUUUGCGUAUGAAGUGCUAUCAAAUCCUGAGAAACGCGAGCUAUAUGACCGCUAUGGAGAGCAGGGUCUCCGGGAAGGCAGUGGCGGCGGCGGCGGCAUGGAUGACAUCUUCUCGCACAUUUUCGGUGGGGGCCUGUUUGGCUUCAUGGGCAAUCAGAGCAGAAGUCGAAACGGCAGAAGAAGAGGAGAAGAUAUGAUGCAUCCACUCAAAGUGUCUUUAGAAGAUCUGUAUAAUGGCAAGACCACCAAACUACAGCUUAGCAAGAAUGUGCUCUGCAGUGCGUGCAAUGGCCAAGGUGGAAAGUCGGGGGCUGUUCAGAAGUGCAGCGCCUGCCGGGGCCGCGGCGUCCGCAUCAUGAUCCGGCAGCUGGCCCCGGGGAUGGUGCAGCAGAUGCAGUCCGUGUGCUCCGACUGCAACGGAGAAGGAGAGGUCAUUAACGAGAAGGACCGCUGUAAAAAGUGCGAGGGGAAGAAGGUGAUUAAAGAAGUCAAGAUCCUCGAAGUCCACGUGGACAAGGGCAUGAAGCACGGCCAGAGGAUCACGUUCGCGGGGGAGGCAGACCAGGCGCCCGGGGUGGAGCCGGGAGACAUCGUUCUCUUGCUGCAAGAGAAGGAACAUGAGGUGUUCCAGCGGGACGGCAACGACCUGCACAUGACGUACAAGAUAGGCCUCGUGGAGGCGCUCUGCGGCUUCCAGUUCACAUUCAAGCACCUCGAUGCCCGUCAGAUCGUGGUGAAGUACCCGCCGGGCAAAGUCAUCGAGCCGGGGUGCGUCCGGGUGGUUCGAGGGGAAGGAAUGCCGCAGUAUCGGAACCCCUUCGAGAAAGGCGAUCUGUACAUCAAGUUCGACGUUCAGUUCCCUGAGAACAACUGGGUCAGCCCCGACAAGCUCUCCGAACUAGAAGACCUUCUGCCAUCCCGACCGGAAGUCCCGAACAUCAUCGGGGACACAGAGGAGGUGGAGCUUCAGGAAUUCGACAGCACCCGGGGCUCGGGAGGCGGGCAGAGGCGCGAGGCCUACAACGACAGUUCCGACGAGGAGAGCAGCAGCCACCACGGCCCCGGCGUGCAGUGUGCCCACCAGUGAGCCGCGCGGCGCAGGCGGUUUCCUCCGCGCGCCCGGUUGGUCUGCAGCGGCCCAGCCAGAGGGUCUGUCGAUCCGAAUGAACUGAUGGAUAUUUCCUGGUCUAUGUGUAACUUUAAAGUCGGUAUAGUAUCUACAGAGUGUAUAAUUUAACUAACCACAGAGCUCUGCGUCUUCGUCUGACUGGUCUGUACAGAGGAGAGCACUCGAGGAGGCAGGACUGACACGCGUUCCCAGGCCCGCCCUGGUCCGUGCGCGGUUUCUAUCAGUUCCGUGUAGAUUUUUGUUCCAUGUUUGCAACUCGAAGCCCACAUUGUAAGUCUGUGUCCAGUGUGUCCUGGAGCUUGUGUUUGGCUGCACCUGCGUCAUAAGCUGCUACAACCAGAAUAAAGAGUUUCCGAGCCUGCGUCUCGCUUAGGUGCAUGGGAGUGGGCUUUGCGCACAGGGCUUGGAGCUGACGGAACAGUGGGAAUGACAUCCGCGCUGGUGGUCACGUUGUUGGGAUUUUUCUUCUUUUUCUUGUUUUUUAUCAUCUUGUGAAAGGUUUUGGAACUCGAUAAUAAAGAGCAGUUGGUGUAAAUUA